UCUUUUGACAUCCGUCAUCGCCAAAAUUUGUUUGCUGCUUUUGUUCUGUGCGUGUCCGAGUGAAAGUGAUCUUCGGCGCUGGUGAUUUUCGGGAAGAAUUUGUGGCCAAAAGACGCUAAUUUGCUUUCGAUUUCCACUUCAUCUGUGGCAGUAGUUCCUUUGUUCCUGUUGUAACAAAAUACAAAACGUCCUUCAUCAAAAUGGGAGAAACCGACGAUACUGCGAAGAAGGUUCAGGAAUACAAGGAUAAUCUGAUCAAGAAAGCCGAAGAACUCAUCAUCAAAGGAUUCCCGGAGAAGAUUGUGAAACUGAACGAUCUGCUCGCCACUCCCGAAUUCGCCGAACGGAAUUUCACCGACGUGUACCAGGACCUCAACAUUCCAGUGCCGGAUCCGAUUGACCUGAACAAUGCCGAAUCUGAAAAAGCCGAUUCCGACGAGCCUGGUGCCAAGCGAGCCCGCAUUGACUUGUCCUCGGUCAGCGGCACCAAGGUGAUGGCCCUCCCUAACGGUCGUGUUGAAUGCAACACCCCAAUCUGUGACCUGAUCAAGGUGGUCAAGCCGGUCAUCCGAGCUCUGGUGGAAGAUUCAAACCUCCUUAAGAUGUGGAUCUCGUUCAUGAUUCCUAAGAUCGAGGACGGAAACAACUUCGGUGUAUCGAUCCAGGAGGAUACACUUGCCGAGAUCCAGUCCGUUGAAACGGAAGCAGCCGCAUUCUUCGAUCAAAUUUCCAGAUACUUCGUGUCGCGAGCGAAGGUCGUAUCCAAGGUGGCAAAGUAUCCGCACAUCGAUGACUAUCGCCGUGCAGUACAGGAACUUGACGAAAAAGAAUUCCUCAGUUUAUGGCUCGUUUUGAGUGAAGUGAGGAAUCGCUACUGCUCGCUCCACGACAUCGUCAUAAAGAACAUGGAGAAGUUGAAAAAGCCACGAUCGUCCAACGCGGAAAGUUUGUAUUAAGCGGAAAGUAGACCAUGCUGCGGCAGUAAAUUACCAGAACCAAGAAGUCAAGUCACAAUCAGAAAAACCCGCUGCUUUCUUCAGUACCCAUUUGCACCCUCAAUUGACGGCGCAGACUUGUAAAAGUGUUGACUUCUCAAUGAUCCACACAUUUAACGAAUUCUGGGAAAAUAUCUUAAACUUGCUAUAUUCUGUGAAGAAGACAGUCACGCUACUUACGAUAUGUCUUGUAAAGACUAAACCUUCAGGAAGUAAAAGUUCUUUUUAGUAUUUGGUUUUAUCCGUGAUUAAAACUGAUUCCCACAAUGAAAAGAUCUAUGGUAUCUGAUAUACAUUUUUAUGGAGGUAUUACCCCAGAACACUGAGAGAA